CAGUCACUUGACCACAAUGUGGCUUUAUACACAUUUUGGGUGUCCUGGUCUGGAAGUGUGCACUGUGGAACCCUCUGUAGGUCUAUGCAGACAUUGUGCCUAUCCACACAGCACAAGUAUCAGCAGCUGGAGUAAGCAGAUCCAGGUUAGGUUUGACCUGGUGCAGAUGCAGGAGGUCGGUGACGUCAGUGAGGCCUGGAGCCUGGAAGAUGACAUGGUGGAUGGAGACCUGGGUGAUGGGAUGAGGGCCAGAGAAACUCCCAACUCAACCGGGAAGAAGAGCCAAAGCUUUGCAGGUCUCUCAGAGAGCCUUCUACUCAGAGCAGAGCUGGUCAUGCGCAGCAGUCAGGUAGGAGAGGCAGUCUGGAUCCCUGCUCUAAAGACUGCAGAGAGGGCCCGCUGGAAGUUACCACACUUCGGGUCUUUGGUUGACUUGUCCAAAGAUGAACUGAGAGAAAGGCUACAGGAAGCAACUGAGGUGAUCGAUGUGUUAUGCUGUGAGCUGGAUGUAACACAUCGCUACCUUGAAGGGAAAUUUGAAGCUCUGAAGAUCUUACAGGGGAAGGCCAUUCUUGACAAAGCCACGAGUCACACUAAAAGUCUACUCCAGAAAAGCGAGGAGAAGGCCAAAGCUCUGGAGAAGGAGGUGAACAGCUUACAAUGGGAACUCAGCUUCCAUCAGGAGCAGAUGAAGAAGUUGGAGCAAUCCUGGGAGCAGCAAUACAGCAGACUGUUGAAUGAGAACCAGACUCUGACUGACAAUAUGGCAGAAAUAGACACCGAGAUUCAGCGGCUUCGAGCAGAAAACUCCACUCUAAGUCGGCAGUACUUGGAGGUCUUCUCUAUGCUGAAUGCAAAGGAGCAGAGAGUUUACCAAGGAACCAAACCUCAGUCCGGCCCAGAGAGAGACGCCAGUGUUCUGGAGAUGGCAGUGCUGGGGGCCUGCCGUUGUCGUGGUGUAACUGAAGCUUGUCGUUGCAGUCGGAUUGCUGCUGCAAGCAGGAAGCAGCUCGUUCAGUUGCAACAGGAGCUUGAUGCUCAGCGCUCAAGGAGAGAGGAAGCCUUGAUGGUUGCAGAUGCUUUUCGUAUUGCCUUCGAACAACAACUGAGGAAACGAAGCGAACACUUCCUACUAUUGGCCGAGGCCAAUAUCCUAAAAUCCCAUCACUGGAAAGCUGAAGGUCCUAACGGGAAUCCUUUAGUCAGUGUAAGCAGGAGGCUGAGGGGGUUGCUACCAUCUACUUUGGAGAUGAAGCCGCCUAAGGAUCUUUUAGAGACUCUCUACAAACUGCUGGACUUGCUGAAUGACAAGGAGGAGGCCCUGGCUCACCAGAGGAAAGUGAGCAUCAUGUUAGCCCACAGUGCAGAGGAGCUGCAGAGACAGUUGCAUCUAGAUUCACAUUCUCAACUGUCAGACCAAUCAGAGUCCAAGAUCAAAUCAAAGCAAGACCCAUCAGUGAACCAGAGCCAAUCUCAGCAAACAUCUGAUGCCUCAGAAUCUAAAAUAAUAGAAGUCUCAACCAGCCUUCUAACACAGCCAAAACAAGAGCUAUCUGAGUCCCAGCUUCAGCUUGGCCAACCACCACAACUGUCAGAAUCCAGGACAGAACUACAGCAGCUGCCCGAUCUAUCACAGAAACAUCCAGUUACUGUAUCUCCAAAACAGCCAGAAGUCUGAAAUUUAGCUGUCAGACCCAUCAGAAUCCUAAUCCCUCCACAAGAUCUACCAGAUGCCAUGUCUCAGCUGCAUGCACAGCAGUGGAGGUUUAAGAACAAAGCAGGGUGUGGAUGUAUCUGAAAUUUAAUGUAAGAGCGUGUUUUGGCCUGAUGACUCACUGUUGUGCCAGCAACUACAUGAGCCCAAACAAAUGUGGCCCUCAGAAAAAAAGGGGUCGUAAACUAAAACUUAGCAUUACAUAAACUGUAAACUUGACUUACCAAGACAAAAAGGUUGCGACUGAACUUCUCUCAUGAAUUCCUUACUUUGCAAUAUGUGAGCCAUUUUCUGCUGGUGCUGUCACUGAAGUGAAUUCUUUAUGCACAACUUAAUUUCUGUUGUAGGUGUUGAUCUACAAAUAUAUGUAACAUAGAAGGCUCAGGAUCAGUAACACAACUUAAAUCUGCCUGCGUACUGCACGGUUGUUCAGUGGUUAGCACCGUCACCUCACAGCUAGAUCCCCGGUUCGUCCUGGUUAGGAUG